CUUGAGAGUACAGAGGUGAGCAGCACAGAUCAAGUCCCAAGCGCUUGUAUGCAUUCCAGUAGGUGGACAUGGGCGAGAGACACCAACCGAUGGAGGCCUGAACAGAUUGCCAUGUCGGCGAUGGACUCAGAACUAUAUGAAACUAUCUUAAAGCACUCUUACAUGUCUGUCACUGAUGGACCUGAGGAUCAGAGAGGCUAAGGAGCUGGCCAAGAGGCACACCGCACCAAGUGGUGAAUCAAGGAUCCAUCUACCUUCGGAGUCCCCAGGUUUCUUCACUAACAUUCUGGGGGCCUUACAGAAAGAAGCCUACGUGGGCGGCUGCUGGAGACUGAGACCUGGCAGCCAGUGCGGAGGUUCCUAAGGAAAGCACUGCACCAUCUGCUGUCAGGUCACCCAACAGCAACACCUGGAAAUCUUGGGUCCUCUGAUGGCUUUCACCAUCAUCACUGUCGUGAUUGUGGGUCACUGGUAUGGUGCGUGGCUUGACAGUUACUGAAAACUUGUACAGCCUUGCUUUUAUUUGAACUUACAGCGCCCCGCAGAUGUUAUUCUGCCCGUUUUGCAGAUGAACAAAAUGAAACGCAGAGAAAUCCUUUCUCCAGGAACCCUUCCUUCGGAGCGCAGAGCUCCAGGGGCAGCCCCUCUGAGGGCUGGGGUGGGAGGGUAUGGGGCAGGCUUCAUCCCGGGCAGCGAGGGGCCCUGCCAAACAUUUGUGGGUGUGAGUGAGGUGAGGGAGGAAGAAGCCAGGCCGAGUGGAUUACUGAGCAUUUGAACUCAGCCUCAGAACAGCAAAUAUUGAUUCAAGAAGCUGCCCAAAGAAGCUGACAUUUUUACAGUCAACAAAUAAAACCAAGCCCCUCCCAGCCCCCUUCAUCAAAGGCCCUUUCUCUCUGCAGCUGCCAGGGCACAUUUGUCAUCUGUGCCUGGGAAGAGGAGGAAGGGCUGGUGGGAAAUGUCCACAGGGGCCUGGCUGAUGUCAGCACUUCACCUUUAGAGAGAACUGAGAGCCCCAGGCCCCAGGGGUGGGACCUCGGGGAGCCAGGCAGCCAGCCUAACAGGUGCCAGAGUCCCUUGGGGCAGAGCAGAGCCUGGCACCUGAGUCCCCAAAGACAACAGACACGCCUCCCACACAGCUUCCUCCUGUGGUGGCUCCUUGGCUGGUUAGCCUGCCCAGUGCCCCUCAUUCACGGACUGGGAAGCUGAGGCCCAUAGAGAUAAAUGGCUCUCCAAGGUAAAUAGCAAGAGAACAGUGAGGUUUGCGCAGCUCCUUGGUGUCAAGGCAUAGGGGAGGCUCAGCUCUCACUAAGCUGAAAAUGAGAGGCAGCCACCUGGUGGAUGACGGUCCCUGCCUUCCUGGCUCUGCCUCCGUGACCCGAAGCCUGGCCUUCAUACCCUGCUCAGACAGGUCCCUCCACCUGGACUCCCCAAACCCUUUUGGGGUACUGCUCAUCAUUCAUGCCUUGCUCACUUGUCACCUCUUGAGGAAAUCUUCUGAAUGCCCCCCCAUCCUGCCCCCCUCCCCCGCGACCUGCACCUGCACCUGUACCUUUGGGGGGCAGAAUCACUGCCUCUCCCCCAGUGCUCCCCGGAAGCAUGGGCUGCUCCUGGCCUUGUCCGCCAGCGCCUGUUUCCCCUUGGGUGGGCCAUCCCUUGGGUACUCAUUUCUCGGUCCUUCCAAGCCAGACACUCCAUUAAGGGCAGGAGGUGUGCUUGGUCCACUCCUGUCACCCAAAAGAGCCUAGAAAAGUGCCUGGCACUGGGCAGGCGCUCAAUCAGUGCCCGUGGGAUCGAAUUAGAAGUAUCGAAGAUAAGCAGCGAAGAAGCCAGAGAAGGGAAUCCCGCUGCAUCUGGACCGGGAAGGAAGGUGCCUCGGCCCAGGCAGGUGCACCUCAGGACGGAGGCUUCUGCCUUUCAUGGCUUUACUUGCCCUCCUCAUCACCUGGGGGCUGAGCUUAGUUUCCCGGCCAGUCCCCAUCAGCCGCUGGGAAGGCAGAGGCUGAAGAGCUCGCAGCCCUGCGCUCUGCCUGGAGCUUCUGGAGCAUGUCAGGGAACCCCAGAGGCCUUUCCACUUGCUGCCCGACCGGUGGGCCAGCCUCUGAGCUGCUGCCCCAGUGUCCACGGUUUUGGACUCAAGGCGGUCAAGGACAGUUCUUCUCAGGACGGGUCCCAGGCAUUGCUGCAGAGGAAGCUGUGCAGCCAUCCCUGCGGCUCCCCAAGGCUCUCCACCUUCUGGGCCGGGGGGAGGUUGAGACUGGCCCCUGUGGUUGGGUGUGAGCCUGGCGCCAGUUCAGGGCAGAAGCGGCACAGACCCCUCCUGAGAUGGACAUGCCAGUGGUCUAGCUCAUCACUCACAGGACCCCACGAGGCUGAGGCCACCCAGGGACCAGUAGGGGGGCAGCGGUGCCACACCCUCCACACCAGACCUCCAUACCCGGGUGUCCAAGGCAAGUGCCCCACAUGUCACCAUCUCCUAGACAGCGGGGAGGGGAGGGAGGGCUUGCAGGCCUGCAGCUGUUUUCAGCAAGGGACCCAGGGGUCUUUCUGUUCACUUUGGUCAGCUUGAGCUUGGCCACGUGGCCACGUCCACCGCACAGGAACAUGGGAAGUGGAGUUUCUGGCACAGCGGCCAUGUGCCAGCUCAAAGGCCGCAAAGUUGUUGUGAUCCAAGUAAAAGAGGGCGUGUGGAUCCCGGGGAUCCUCACUCACCAAAGGGCUCUCCCAGUGUCUGGGGCUCCCGGGCAGAUCCUGGGUGCCCAAGCCCGACCGCCAGCCUGCUGGCCCCGGGGACCUUCCCUCUCCACUGGCCACCUGCCUCCCAGCUCAGAAUGACCUUGGGCAAAACCUGUCUGUUCCCAGGGCUUCCUUUUCCACAUCUGGAAAAGACGAGACCCAGACCAGCGAUCACGGGGCUUCCUUCCAGCACUGACCUUUGACAACCAUGGUCAUGGGCAAGUUCUUUAACCUCUUGGGGUUUCAAUUUCCUUAUCUGGAAGAGAGAUAAAAAUAGUUCUCACCUCUGAGGGCUGUUAGGAAAUCGUCUAGGGUCGUUCCUGUCAUGUAAGACAUAAGACAUAACCA